GUAGACCCUUCAAUUUAUCGAUUUGGUUUUCAUCAGAAUCAGAAGACGAGGUGGAAGAAGGAAGCAAAAAGAAGCAGUGGUUGAAUGAAUGAAUCAGUGAAACUGAAACUGAAAUGGAGAACAACAACAACAACAAUAACAACGCUAUGAUUCGUGAAUGGUUCGACAGAGUUGACUCUAACAAAACUGGAACCAUAACUGCUCCCCAACUCAAGAGUGCUUUAGCGGUUGGAAACCUGGAAUUUCCACUCUCAGUUGUUGAGCAGAUGAUCAAGAUGUAUGAUUUUGAUAGGAAUGGUACUAUGAGCUUUGAAGAAUUUGUUGCACUCAACAAGUUCCUUAUUAAGGUUCAACAUGCAUUUUCUGAUCUUGAGAGGGGUCGUGGCUUUCUUGUCCUUGAUGACGUUUUUGAGGCAUUGGUAAAGAUUGGCUUCACGCUGGAUUCUCCUGCAUUUUACUCUGCCUGUGCGAGCUUUGAUCAAAGUAAAAGUGGGAAGUUUAGACUGGAUGUCUUCAUAUCACUUUGUAUAUUCUUACAAUCAGCAAGGAAUCUGUUUAAUUCAUUUGAUACUGCAAAACAAGGAAGAAUUACUCUUGAUCUGAACCAGUUUGUAUAUUGUACUUCCAAUUGUAGAAUAUGAUUCAACUCUGAGAGGACGUAUUCUGAAGAUGAUUCAUGUAUGCUGCACUUUGUAAAAUUUCUCAAAUGCAUUUCUAUAGCCAAGUUAACUUUGUCCUGCAUACGCUGAGAUAAUCAUUUUUGAGGUUUAGAUAUUUCUCCCAUUUACAUGGAAAUUGCUGUAAAAUUAAUUUUCUUUCUAAUGUUAUAAUCUUAGUUUUACAUGAUGUCUUGUGAGAUGGUCCGGAGGUUGAUGACGUAGAAUGUACUAUACCAAAUGCAUUUUCAAUCAGUUAACUUGUGUUAUGAGCUAAAAAGGGAAUUGACCCAAGUAUAUGCUUUCAAAUAUUUGGUUAUGUAAUUGAUUCCCAGAGUCCCAUUUCGGUGAG